CAGGUCGAGUGUAAUUCUCAUUGGUGAAAAAGCCUCGGCCGCGACACGAUGGAGAAGAUUUUACGCGUCUCCUUCUGCGUUUCUGCUAUAGCGAUCUGUGCCUCCGGUUUACCUCGAGAGGACGACGGUGUCCUCGACAAGAUAAAAACAGGGUUGGAAUACGCGACGAAUUAUCUGGAGACCGCGAGGAACAUCGCUGAUCUGGUUGCGAAGAGUUUAGACGGUAAACAGAAGGGAAGGCGAGGAGAGGGUGACGAAACAAGGGAGAAAGGAAAUUUUGGCCCUUCGAACGUCGUGUCCGCGUUCUUUCGCCUGUUCGGCCUGGACUCGCAGAAAGUGACAGCCAUUGCUGUGAACAGUGUCAUAUUUCUCGCGCAAAUGAUAAGUUCGUUGUUCAAUCUGAAAGCUCCGGAGGGAAACAUCGCCAGGAAUCUGGAAGACGUGGCUGACACUUCGUCUUGGGAUCCAGCUAAACUUAUCACGGAGAGCAAGAGCGAGAAAAUACAGGACUUGAUCGAGCAAGCUUACGAUGAAAAUCUGCCGAACCGAUUGAUCGAAAGGAUAGACGGCACCGAUUCGGCGUGUACCCGACUGCUCGUGUGUAAAAUCAGCCCGGUGAUAACGGCGGCGCAGAGUUUCCUAAAAAAUGAAGAUCGAGUUCGACCGCGUCGACUGACUGCCUGGUUGCCCAGCAGAGACGAGUUCGAGGAAAACAGCGACGGAUGCGAAAACACGCAUACCGACUGCAGUUUAUUUUCCUAGCAAUAGCUAUUGAUAUCGGCUUGUGUAGUUUGUUUAACUUUAACUCCGGCCUGAGAGAGAAAACGACGACAGAGGCGAUGCAGGAAUUUUUUUCCCCAGAGAUACACACUCUACGAGGCUAAAUUCGCGUGUCAGCGUCGAAAGGAAAAUAGUUGAGACUUCGUUUUAAAACUGUAAUAUGCGUGUAACAUGGAAUAUUGCUGGGGGAUCAAGGUGUUGGUUUUGCGCAUAGCAUAUAUAUUUGCGUCCAUACAAAUAUAUACUAUAUUACAGAAUAUACAAGGUAUUCCAAAAUUAAUUUACUCAACGUUGCAAUUUAAGCAACGUCCCUGACGUUCCAGAAGCAUGCGUCGACGAACGAAAAGAAGAGAGCAGUGAAGUCAAAACUAUCUUCUUCUCUUCUUCAAGUAUGUCCCGUUCGUUUGAACACGAACAUCGGUGAAUUAAGUUUGGUAAUACCCCCUUGUACCUCGAACCAUACGCAAGAUGGCUGCGAGCGCACCCGUCCCAAUCAUCUCAAAUAAAAUCAUAUUGCUUCAA